AUGCGGAACGCUAUUCCGAAAAGCUGUUUGUGCAAAAACACUAAGGUUCCAGCAUACGAUAUGAAAGUUAGAUAUUUUUCAAAUUAUAUAUUUUUUUAAUCUUUCGACGGGAAUUGAGCAAUCGAUGUCCCCUACAACCUGUCAUCAAGUUUACUAUAAUCCCAACGAAAUCAGCGUAUUUGGACUUUAUAGAAGCUUAGGUUUUCGACAGACUGAUGCUACCGCUUGCGUAGUCGGUUUUUGGAGACCGGUCAUUAUUUUGAUAAUUGUAUAACAUUUCCUAUCGAAAAGAUUUUUCUAUAAAAAUAUGUACGCAUCGAAAUUAUAAAUUAAUCAAUACGUAUAUGCAAAAAGGUUUAAUAAAAUAACACUAAUUCCGUGAUCGCUCUAUUUCCAGCGUGAAGGUUAUGAAUAUAUACAACCGAAUCGAAGAGAACCCAUUAAACCAAAAACUGUAAGUACCUACAUACAAUAAUUUUUUUUUUUUCUAUUGCAUAUAAAAAAAGUUAGGUAUGGUUAAAAACUUGUCCAGAAAUGAAAGAAUCAUUAUUAAGCAAAUUAAGCAUUUUAUUAUAUAGGACUAUUUUCUAGUGGUUUUCACCAAUAUAUUUUUGUAUUAAUACAUCCUUCUUUUUUACUUGUUUUAUUGAUUUCUCAAAAAUAAAUAUUCCAGCUUUUACAUAAGCUAUACAUAGGCUGUACUGUCUCACAUCAGUAGAUUUCUUGGCCCACUUCGUGAAACUCUUAUUAUUAAUUUGGGCUCCUCAAAGAAAAUUUAAAUUUAGAAACUAAUUCUAAUUACAUGAGUUCCUGUUAAAAUUAAACAUAAUAGGUACAGUAAAACUUCCAUACAACGGUCACCGGAGGGACCGGAAAUAAUGACCACUAUUUAAAGGUAACUAAGGACAGUUGUCCUUUAGAGCCUUUGAGGUGUACUAUGGAGGCAUAACAAUAAAUUACUUUUUAAUAAAAUAAAAUCUGGUUGAAAAUUUAUUAAUUGUAAUUUGGAAAAUUUAAAUAAGUAGGUAUUUUAAUUUAAAUCUUAAUGUGAUAGAAUUAAAAUUAAUUUGGUUUUCUUUUUUCAAUAAAUAUAAUUUGUAUGUAUAUAUUUUAUGCAUGGUAAAGAAAUUAAGUCUUGAGUGGCAUAUGGACGCUGUAUAGGUAAAAAUAUAGGUAAUUGUUUUUAAGAUGCUAUAACUCGCUAACCUCUAAGAAGUAUCUACAUAUAAUUACUUUUUAAGUGAUUAUCUUGGAAAGUGUAGGUAUAGUCUGUGAUAAAUUUUUAAUUUAUCAAAACAUAAUAAAAGAUAAUUUUUAAUACUUACCUAUACACUUUUAUUCUUCUCCUUCGCGUUUAUACCAACUAACUUGGAACCGGCCACUCUCGUCUUACAAAAAGAAUAUAGCUAUUAUACGUUUUCGGCUAUUUAUAAAUACAUUUGUGUUAGAUUGAGGUGUAGUAUAUAACUUGAAUUUUCAACCUCCACCUCUUAUAUAUAUAUAUAUUAUUAUCGUUAUGCAGAAUAGUUAUAGAAGCGACGAAUGUUUCGCUAAAGAAACAGUGUACAGCUGUUCUUUUGUCCGACCACUGCCGGAACCACGAAAAAAGCCGAUCGUCCACAAAGAUCAUAUUACCAUGGCCGGCGAAAUUCAAACAGAAACUGAACAACAAGUUUGUGAUGAAAUUUCUGUUUAAUAGAACCCACUAAAUACAAUCGGGUGCUGUGCGAAUUAUUAUUAUAGGCGUUAACUUUUAUUUGUUGUUCCUGCAGUUGAGUUACAAAGUAAAGUGUGUGCCAGUAGUUAAAAAAAUUAUUCCUAAAAACCACAAUCUCGGAAGCAAAGGACACAUGAUAUUUAAAACUACCAUGCGGGAUGAUUACAAUUUACCGUGCUUUAGGGAACGUGAACAACAAAUUAUACCGAAAGAAAAUCUUUGUAUAUAUUCCUGUCCGAUGGAAUCAAAAACCACCACUGGUUGUUCGUACACACCGAUAUGUGCCAACCCGGUAGAAAAUUACAAACCGGAUGAAAAGUACGCAUAUAUUAUUGUGUAUCUAAUACUUAUAACGGUUUUUUCUUAAAUCUAAUCACCAACCAGAAAUACUAACUAGAUCCAAAAUGUUCUCUUGGUGUUUUUCGAGUAAAGUAAGAUUUUUGGUAGAAAAAUUCAGACACAACAAAUUCACACAUAGGUACCUCUAUAAUAGUAAAUAUAAUAGUAUAAAAGUAAAUCAAGUAUAGUAAAUUAUAUGUACAGACGUUUAUUAUAUAUUUUAAAUAUAAUCUAGUUACAUUUAAUGUAACCCGACAUGGUUAUUUUGUUUUACCUAAAAUUAGUUUCAGAUUCGCUACUGGCCUGUCUGAAUCUAGUAUUAUUAUUAUUUUGAAAACUGAAAACUCCAGCUAAUUUAGACAGUUUAUGUAAAAAAAUUAGACAGAAAUUGUUUUAUUAACACAAUUUCUGUUUUUUUUAUAUUUUAGAAUAUCUAACCAAUCAUCGAUUGCCUCUUACUUUCUUUUAUAUUGUUCAGUUACAAUGGAUACUAUUUUAUAUCUUAAAUAUUUCAGAUUCGUUCAGAAUAUGUGAUUUUUUCUGUUUGAACAACUUAUUUUUCUUAUUUUCCCAUUUGUCUAUGGGCCUAUAAUGAUCCCAGUACCUUUGUAAAAAUAUCCAAGGUCGAAUAGGUACCUUUUCAUUAAGUUUUCCAAAUUAUAUCACCAUAGGUAAUCUAAUCCAAUCUGGUGACAAUGAAAACAUCGAAAACUGACUAGAUUGGGAACUAAUGUAUAUAUUAUACGUUAUCAUGUUCGUUGUCGUUUGUAUUUUGUCUAUUUAUAUUAUUUUUAGUUACACCUCACCUGAAGGAACGAUGGAUUUGAACACAAUACAACGUACAAGCUACCGUCAAGUUGACUUACCAAAAAAAGAAGAAACCCCAUGGGCAAUAAAACUAGAGUAUUGCAAGCCGAAGACCGAGCUUAACGCCACUACUGUGUAUAACAAUAGGUAACUUAAUAAAAUGCAAUAAAUAUAAGCAGUGGUUAGGGAAGUUAAUUUUUUGUUGUAUUGCAACUGCAUGACUUUUUUUGAACAAAAAUUUAACUAUUUACGCUACAACCAAUGCUACUUUUUUUUAAUGUAGUACGUCACUAUAAAAUUUAAAUCUUAAAAAGUAACUCGCUACAAUUUUUUUUAUUAAAAUAAUACAUGGGUGUUAAUGAAAUGUAUUACUGCGUAAUAUGACUGGGUAAAAUGUACGUAAGUUCAGAAUUUAAUAUUUUAAAAUACCUAUGUAUCACCUCAAUAGCAUUAUCUAAUAAAAUUUAAAACUGACUCAAAUUAAUUCCAUACCAACCAUACCGUAUAAAUAUUAUAUUCAUGGUCAUAGAGUGCACAUUCUGAACAAUAAUAAUAUUAUCAUAUUCUAUGAUAAUUAUCUAUUAACACAUCUAUGCUAAUUAUAGUUUUGUCUUUAUUUUAUUAUUUGUAUUUAUAUUUUAGUAUAAUACCGGGGCAUGUGUGAAAUCUCGGGGGGUGUAAGGGGUGCACUUUCACCCAUUUGUGGGAUGCAAUACUAUCAUUUUGUACCCCCACUAAUCGAAAAUAAACCCUGAUUUGUUAUGCAAAACCACGUCUGGUAGUAUUUCAUUUCGUGUGAAGUUUGUUAAUAAGCGAUCGGGUCGGGUUUUCGAUAACAUCUAUUAUCAUUUUUCGUACAAAUGAUAUUCACCGCUUAUAAAUGGGGAUUGUGAUACCACAAAAUAGAUUAAUGAUGAUACUAAGUAAAUACGAGGGUAAAACGUGUGUAAAACCACGUGUAAAAUAUUUACAAUUUUUUUGUUUUGACGUUUUUUUUUUUGGCAUUUUAAUAUGAUAUCCUUAAAUAUAGAUACUAAUAUUAUUAACUUAAUACUAUUUUUUUCCCAAUAUAUUAUGCAUUAUAUUUUUGAAAAAUGUUAAAAUUUGCAUAAUAAACAAAAAUAUUCCGACUAUUCAAAAAUAUACAAAAUCAAAAUGUGUAUAUCAACAUAUUAAGCUAAGGUUCAAAUUUAUGUCAAGCUACUUUUUAAUCUGAUAAAUGAAAAUAUGCAAAUGCAUACAAUUCCGGGCCCUAUAUUAAUCAUUUAUUGACAGUCACUGCACCGUGCAAAUGGCUACUUAACCUGUCACACAUAUAUAACCUUUCUUUUUUAUAUGACCGUUAAUUAUUGAAAAUUCUUACUACAUUUUAAAACCGAAUUUAAAAUUAUUUUUUUUUUAGGUGAUAUAAACAAUAUCUCUACCAACUAAAUUACUUGUUUAUUUUUAAUAUUCACUCUCACGGUUUCACCAUUUUGUAUAAUAAUAACCAUGCUAUGCAUAAUGUUAUCAACAAAAGCUUUUCCCGACCACUAAACACUGGUGUAGUCGAGGGUAUACGGUGUAUAACAACUUAAUUUUUUGGUACUUAUUGUAUUAUGUGUGAUACGCAAGUAUACCCAUAGAGACGUAUAUCAAUUGCACAUCACGAGUUGCAACGGCCCAAUCCAACCAGAUAUCAUCAAAUAAUAUAACUAAACAUAUCUACUUGAUUCGCCAAAUAAAAUAUUUUAAAAUAACUAUUUAACUAAUAAGUACUAGAUAACUAAAACUAAUACUAUAAUAAAUAAUGUAUACAACUUUUGUAUUUACUAUUACUUUAAUAGAUAUAGGCAUUAUAAAACAUAGAAAAAAUACUUUAUGUUUACAAACUGUAUUUACAAAGAAUUUAAAAUAUUUUAUUUACAGCUAUAAGAAGCCGGGAUAUUACGUGAACAUGGAAGAUUGUAACUACCAAAUUGAUUGA